CUCGAGGGCGCGCGCGAGGCCGCGUUCGCGAUGCUCGACGCGCGAAAGUGCCAUCCAAUCAUGGUGCGAUUGGCGUGGCACGACGCGGGAACGUUCGACGCGACGGCGGCGGACGCGUGGCCGAGGUGCGGCGGCGCGAACGGGUCGAUCAGGUUCGACGCCGAGUUGGCGCACGGCGCGAACGCGGGCCUGAAGAAGGCGUUGGGUUACGCGCGAGAGAUCGUCGAGCGGUUUCCGGCGCUGAGCCACGCGGACGCGAUUCAGCUGUGCGGCGCGUGCGCGAUCGAAAGCGCGGGCGGACCACGGAUUCCGAUGAAGUACGGACGGAAGGAUUCCGACGAACCGGCGAGGGAGGGGAAUCUACCGGACGCGGAGGCGCCGUUCGGCGAUGGGUCGAAGACGCCCGGGGAACAUUUGAGAAGAGUAUUCGGGCGACUCGGAUUCGACGACAGAGAAAUCGUGGCGCUGAGCGGGGCGCACACGAUCGGGAGGGCGUUUAAGGAAAGAAGUGGGACGACGGAGUACGGGUACGGGGUGAAGAAUGCGACGAAGUACACGGGCGGGUGUCCGUUUAGUCCAAAGGGUGAUGGAGACGGCGAUUUCGGCAUGCCGGGUGGGGCGUCGUGGACCUCUUGCUGGCUGAAAUUCGACAACUCGUACUUCACCGAGGGUGGAUCGGAUGACAAAAAUCUUUUAUGGUUGAGCACUGAUCGCGUCUUACAUACCGAUCCCGGAUUCGCACCGCAUUUUAUGCGCUACGCUCGCGACCAAGACGCGUUCUUCUUCGAGUUUGCCCAAGCGUUCGCGAAACUGUCCGAAUGCGGCGCGCGUUGG